GGUUCGGUCUGUUGCGGCAGUUUUCACAGCGCGCCAAAUGCAGCAGUGUUCCUCCGCCUGACUGAGAGCUGAGGAGAGAUUCUGAGGAGUUUCAGCGCGUUUUAGUCUUAUUUUUCUCGCUCAGCUCCACACAGCUCUUCGCCAUGGGAAUUCACGGGCUCGCUAAACUGAUCGCGGAUCAGGCGCCUUCAGCCAUCAAGGAGCAGGAUAUUAAGAAUUAUUUCGGCCGUAAGAUUGCUGUUGAUGCCUCUAUGUGCAUUUACCAGUUCCUAAUCGCUGUCAGACAGGACGGGAAUGUUCUGCAGAAUGAAGAUGGAGAGACAACAAGCCACCUCAUGGGCAUGUUCUACAGGACAAUCCGGAUGCUGGACAGCGGCAUAAAGCCAGUCUAUGUGUUUGAUGGGAAGCCUCCUCAGCUCAAGUCUGGAGAGUUGGAGAAGAGAGGCGAGCGGAGAGCAGAAGCUGAGAAGCUGCUCGCUCAGGCUCAGGAAAUGGGUGAACAGGAGAACAUCGACAAGUUCAGCAAACGUCUCGUAAAAGUCACCAGGCAGCACAAUGACGAGUGCAAGAAACUCCUCAGCCUUAUGGGAGUGCCGUAUAUUGAGGCUCCCUGUGAGGCAGAGGCCAGCUGUGCUGCUCUGGUCAAAGCAGGAAAAGUCUUCGCUACAGCUACUGAAGAUAUGGACGGAUUAACUUUCGGAACAAAUGUCCUUUUGAGACAUUUAACUGCUAGUGAAGCUAAGAAACUUCCCAUCCAGGAGUUCCAUUUCAGUCGCAUCCUUCAGGAGAUGAACCUGACGCAUCAGCAGUUUAUAGACCUGUGUAUCCUGCUGGGCUGUGAUUACUGUGGCACCAUCAAAGGAAUCGGACCCAAGAGAGCCAUCGAUCUGAUCAGGCAGCACGGGUCUAUCGAGGAGAUUCUGGAUAACAUUGAUCAAUCUAAACACCCGGCUCCAGAGGACUGGUUGUAUAAAGAGGCUCGUGGGCUGUUCCUGGAGCCUGAAGUGGUCGACUGCUCCACUCUGGAGCUGAAGUGGAACGAGCCUGAUGAGGACGCACUGAUCCAGUUCAUGUGCGCCGAGAAACAGUUCAGUGAGGAGCGAAUCCGUAACGGCUGUAAGAAGAUCAUGAAGAGCAGACAGGGCAGCACUCAGGGGCGGCUGGAUACUUUCUUCACUGUUACAGGAUCUCUCUCCUCCAAACGCAAGGAGCCAGAAGUGAAGGGAUCAGCCAAGAAGAAACAGAAGACGGGUUCAACACCAGGCAGAUUCAAGAAGGGAAAAUAAACGAUUAGAAAGUGAUAAAAUUAGUUGGGACCUUCAAACAGUGUAAAAGCUUUGCUGUGGCUUUUAUAUGAAUAAAAAAGCGCAGCAAAAAUAGUUCUGCAAAAUGUAUUUUAACAAAUGUUUUUUUUUUUGUUCUGUUUGUCUUGAAUAAAAAAAUAAGUAAAAAACCAA